AUGCCGCAAUUAACUAUUGAACAAAAAGCUCAAACCGUAAUCUUAAUGGAAGAAGGAUAUUCACUACGUGCAAUUGGAAACCAUCUAGGUGUACAUCAUUCUACUAUUCUCCGAUUAAAAAAAAAGAUUGAAAAAACAGGCAGCAUUAAAAGAAAACUAGGAUCUGGUCGACCUCGCAAGUUAUCCAAACGAGAAGAGCGUGAAUGUGUGAGAAAAAUCUUACGUGGUGAAUGUUCAACGGCAAUUUCUGUUCAAAAAAAAUUAUUUAUUGAUAAUG